UUUCUCAAUUUCUCUGUUUCUAUUUUGAUGGAUUGAAGUAUUAGGGUUUAUGUUGGAGGUAUGAAGGUUGGUUGUUUGUAUCAAGGAAAAUGAUGAUAGAAACAUAGAAGACCUACUGUGAUGGAGAACACAAUGUGCAUACAAGGUGUUUGCUAAAAUGUAGAAGAGAAAAUCACAAGUGUAUUGUAUUGCUACGGGAUCUGAAAAUGCCAUCGAUUAUCUUUCCCUUCCAAUAUCACAAGUGUAGAAGCAAGACUUGGUCGUUCUCUUCCCCUCCCAAUAUCAGUCCCAUCGAUUAUCUUUUCCUUUUACAGAUGAUGUAAAUGCAAAUUCACAAAGAAGAAAAUGAAGCAAAAACAGAACACGAUUAGCCUAUGUGUCGCUAGAGGAGACGAAGGCGUGUGGGUUUCAACCGUGCAAACUCCAGCCGUGCGAGAGGAGGGUGCGAGCUGCUAUGCAACGAGGCGGAUAGGGGGUGUGAAGGGUUUCUGCUAAUCUACAAUAAUCAAAUGUAGUGCAACACAUGAUAGCUUAGAUAAAAAGCCUAGGUGUCAGCUAAUUAGUGGUGAACUAUUCUUCUAUGUUUAUUAGCCCGACCGCUUCGCAGGUUCUCUUUUUGAGAUACAACCAAAGUUAGAGUGGAUUCAAGAAUCGCAUGCCACGCCACUCUGUUUGAAUUUCAUGCUUCGUGCACCAAAAAUAAAAUUACCUUUUUCUUUUAUUUAUUUAUUAGUGGAGCAAUAAAUUCAGAAAAAAGAAAGUGAGAUUACGUACAUGCCCCUAUGUUAUUUACUUUUAGACGGUGAUGCCCUGGCGUGGGGAGGGAGGAUCUGGAGAGAGACGCAUUACGUGCGCAAAAGCUCCUCUUUUCAUUCAUUUAUUUUCCCUCUUGUAUUAAGUUUUUUCCAAUUCCCUCACAUCCUAGUUAAAAGCCCACAAAGGAGCCCAUCGCUGCUUCAGAUCCCUCCCUGCAUUAACUUCCAAAUCACGCUGUGAAAGAAAAUUCCAGAAGAGAGAGAGAGAGAGAGAGAGAGAGAGUACAGAAAGAAACAGAGCAAAUUGAAUCAGCUGAAAACAGUGAUCAUUAUGGGCUGCAGAGACAGAGAGUUCCUGAACGAUGAGACCUCUUAUUCUUCUUCUCCUUCAUUGAGUGAGGCUUUGAUCUUGGCCACUAUGUGCAUCAUUGGCCUCCCAGUUGACGUGCACGUCAAGGACGGUUCUGUCUAUUCUGGACUCUUCCACACUUCCUCUGUCGAAGACGACUACGGUAUCGUUCUUAAGAAUGCAAGUUUGACUAAAAAGGGAAAAAGUUAUUCGAAUGUAGCAAAUGGUGUGCUCAUAGACACACUGGUAAUCCACUCAAGUGAUCUAGUUCAAGUUGUUGCAAAGGGGGUUCAGCUUUCAGCUGAUGUUGUUGCGAGAAAUAUGGCUGGUGAUCAUACAGAAGCUGUUGUAGGGAUUGUACCUUCUGAGCAUCCAGUGAUGGAGGCAAACAAAACUACGAAGUCUGCCAUACAUAAGAAUAAAAUCAAUCAGACAAGCAGGAGUUCGGUUCGAGCAGAGAAUGGCUUUGCUCAUGGUUUGAUGCCCAAAAUAUCUGGAGGGAAGCAUGAACGGAGAAAAUCACCAACAAAUCAGAUAGGGGAUGCUUUGGAAAUUGAAGAUGGUAAAAGUGACAGGAUAAGUUCAGCAAAGGUUGAAGAAGCUUCUGGAGAAUCUGAUGGGAGGUCAAACAGUGAACAAGAUAUUUUCAGAGAGAAGAUGGAGUGUCAUAGGGAAGCAAGUGCUGAUGAAGUUCAAGGAUCUACUUCAAGUUGUGAUCCUGCUACUCGACCGGUUAAACCAGACAACCAAUGCUGUAAAAGGCCCUCCUCAGCAGAAACUUCUUCAUCCGAUGCGAUUUCUUCAGGUCUUUCGACUUCUUCCAAACCAAAUGUGGAUGUCACCUCAAAGUCAAAUCUUAGUUCAUUCACAACAUCAACUGAAAUGGUCCCUCAACAAAAUCCAGAAUCUAAUAGAAGUUCUAAGGAAUUUAAGCUCAAUCCAGGAGCAAAAAUUUUCUCUCCGUCCCUUGCAAAUCCCAUAUCAAUGGCUCCAGCAGUGCCAACUGUUGCAAGCAUGACUUACAUACCAAACAACUCUCCUGUGGGGCCUGUUGCUUCUGUUCAACCAGAAACUGAAUUCAGCACAUUUGCAUCUCGUUCAUCCAUGAAUGUCAAGGUUGUCCCGUAUGGUAAUUUGACAGCUGGAAAUGGUGUCAGCGGUUCUCGAUUUUCCCAACCUAUUUUUGGACCUAUGGGAAGCAGGACUCAGCCACUUCGAUAUACUGGACAGUAUAAUCCUGUUCAGGCUGGACCUGCAUAUACACAUCCAACAGCUCAAGCUGUUAUGGUUGGACGAUUGGGUCAGCUUGUCUAUGUCCAUCCAGUUUCUCACGAUUUGGUUCAGGGUGCAGCCGCUAUCUCACCGCUAUCUGUGCAUCCUGUCUUGACUCCACAUCAAGUCCAAUUUCAAAAGCAGCAAGGAAGUGCAGUAGGCCAAGCGUUGCAUCUCUCUGGACAGCAACCUUUCGCAGUGCCAAACCACAUCCCACUUGUGCAGUCUACCUUCCCUGCAAACCGCCCAAUUUCAGUCCCAGGAGCUAAUGGUCUCUACGGCACCAAGUUUUCAUGAAUAGGUUUUCGAUUUCAAUCACCUCAACAGGUUUUUGUUUUUGUUUUUUUUUUUUUUUUGAAUUUUUUUGAAUUUUUAUAAUCAUAAAAUUUUGGCCCACAAUUUUGUAUUCGAGAAAAGUCCUCCAGUUUAACAGCACUGAGUUAUAAGUGUUAUCGCUUUGAAGUAAAAGAUCAUAUCCCUUUAAUUUUUAAACAAGGGUUUGUUCAGUAGAACCCAUUUUAUGGAUGAAGGUUUAUUACCCCAUUAACAAUGUAUGACAAAUGAGUCCUCAUGUUUCCAGAUUC